UUUUUACAUAAUGACGUUUCUCCACCCAUAAUGCAUACAUAUGAAUUAAGAAAACAUUCAACAAAGUUGUUUAAUCAAGUUUACUGGACUACAUAUAACACUUCAGUACCAUUGUCCUCCAAUAAGUGCUAGUAAUUUGUAAUGUCCAUUUGUUGUUGAGGCGUUCCUAGAGAUACAUAGAUUUUAUUCCAUGGUAAUUUGUCAGACCGAAUUUGAUUGCAUUCUAAUAUAUAAGCUAUUAUCAUGUUUGAUUGGUCACAUAAACACUCAGUUUUCCAGUUUGCUAGAAACACUAUCCAAAACAAACAUUGAUUGCAAUACGGUAGACAGAAUAUUACAAAGAUCUUAUCGCACUGAAAUACAAUUAAAAAGUCUCCAAAAUAUGCAUAAGGUUUCAUUCAUGCUUCCUUAAAGUGGGAAAAAACAAACGUUAGAACCUUCAUGAAGGGAGAAUUUAGACAUUAUAUUUAUUAUUUAGUAUAUAGAGAUUUUACCUUUGUGUUGACAGAGUUCUUCACUAACUCUUUUGACCAUCAACUUCCAUUCUAGGUCCCACACACAUGAUUGAGGCUGACAUAGUCAUGAGAGGCCGGGAUCCUAAAGAGCCCAUCAUGGCACAUCCACCUGACACAGAGAGUGACAUCACACUGAAAGAGUGGCUGGAAAAAGUGAAGGAGUAUAACAAGGGAAUAAAACUAGACUUUAAGAGCAUGGAGGCGGUAUUUCCGUCUGUCGUUCUUCUGGAGAAGAUGCUGGCUCAGCCAAGCUGCCCACUGUGGAUCAAUGCAGAUAUCCUCUCUGGUCCUGGGGGAAAGGCCACACCUCUGGAACCUCAGGCAUUCCUUUCUGCUGUGAGAACUCUUCCCACUCACGCUGUGCUCUCUCUCGGCUGGACUACAGGAUGGACUGCUGGGAUAGAUAAUGCAGGUUACAGCUUGAAUAUGGUGCGUGUAAUGGAAGAGAUUUGUAGAGACCUUAAACAUCCAGUAACCUUCCCAGUGCGUGCAGCUUUGCUGGCCCAAUCGCUCUCGCAGCUCACAUGGCUACUGCAGCAGUCACACAGGUAGGGGUGUAACGGUUCACAGAAUUCACGGUUCGGUAUGUACCUCGGUUUGGGGGUCACAGUUCGGUAC